AUGGUCACCUGCCAGAACGCAACAACACUGUCACCGACCGGCGGUGGCCACAAUGGUGGUCUAAACGGCUGCCUAACUCUUCCUCCCGGCGUCAGCGGCAGCGCCAGCCCGGUCACCCCAGUCGGGCUCGCAGUUGGCAUGAUCUCGGAGUCCGGAGUUGCCUCUUUGGCCGACUCGUCGACCGAGCCCGGAAUGUCAUUCGGCCUUCGACUGGCCGACUACUACGUGCCCUCGCCGCUCUCCGGUCUGCUGGCCUUGUCGGAGGCGCAAGCGGUCAAGAAAUUGGGCCUGCCGGACGCCACUUUGGCCGCCCACGAAACGGGCUACUUUGGCACAAGAAGUCCCCGCCCGGACUCCGGCUACCCAGUACUGGCCUACGAGGAUGAGGCCGGAGUCCAAAUCCCGGUUGGUACCGACGAGGUCGCCUCUGCCGAGGCUGGCAUUGCGAGCCUCGCCAAACGAUUAGCCUGUACCGGUUUGUCUGGGCCGGCAGAAUUGGGCGAAUUCGGCCAGCCGGCAAUGGCCAAAGCCGAGCCAUCGCUUGGCGUUGGCGCCAGCGGUUACUGCUACUCCAGACCUUCAGGAGACAUGAAGACAGCCAUUUUCGACAGUCUCAACCGACACUGCAUCUUCAAGGAAGCGGAGGAGGCGUUUCCAUUUGGGCAUAAUCAGAGAACCAUGCUGAAUGGGGUUCAUAGGAUGGAUGAGGACGUCCGGUUGCAGGUGAUGCAGGACUGUUAG